UUUUGGUCGGCGGCAGCUGUUAUAUUGCUUUAUACGUUUUCACUUGAAGUAGUUUGUUUAGAAGAAGAAGAACAUCCAAGAAUAGGUAGAUGUGCUAGAACUGUCUGACAUAAUGUGUGUUUGAUAGGAUUGUUGGGGCUGGGAUAGGUGGCGCCACGACAGCAUACUAUGCACGUCAGCUGUUCGGAGAGUCGGCAGUGAUCGAUAUCUUUGAAGAAACUCGAGUUGGUGGUCGUUUGGCUCUCAUCAACAUUGAUGGUCAAGACUAUGAAGCUGGGGCGACCGUGAUUCACGCCAGGAACAUGCUAAUGCUCAACUUCACCAAGAUGCUAGGUCUGGAGAGACGAGACUGUUUCGACGGAAAGUUAGGACUCUAUGGAUCUGACGGGGUGGUCUUUGAAACAAGCUCAUGGAGUGCAGUGACCUUGGCGAAACUCGCCUGGCGCUAUGGAUGGGACAUGUGGAAAAUUAGAGGCUGGAUCAACGAUCAAGUUAUUAACAAAUUUGAAAGAAUUUAUGAAAUUCAGGACAAAGGCAUUGCAUUCACGACUGUUGAAGAUAUACUAAAAGUCAUGGAUCCCAUGUUUGUGGACUUCACCAAGAAAUCGGUGAAAACAUUGCUGAAAGAGGAGGGAUUUGGAGACAAGUUCAUAGAUGAAUUUGUCAUGGCAGCCUUACAGACAAGUUAUGGACAAACAACGGAUGUAGCUGGAUUUGUAGGUGCUGUGUCUAUUGCCGGUAUCACUCCAGGCUUGUGGUCAGUGAAGGGUGGUAACAAGAGAGUUCCAGAGAAAUUAAUAAAGAAAUCCAAGGCUAAUCUAAUAAUGCCAGCCAAAGUAACAAAUAUAAUUCUUCAGAAGGAUACCGAUGGCAUCGUGUCUUACGAAGUACAGUACACCAAUCCUGACAAACAGCCUUCUGCUCGUGAAUACGAUAUUGUAAUCAUUGCCACGCCAUUGCCGCAAGGACAAACAAAUAUUAAGUUUGAAGAUUUCCCACAACCUGUGAGAGAACCUAAAAUGUCACUGCACAAGUUGGCUUUGUUGUUUGUUCAAGGAACACCUAAUAUUACAACGUUUGGCUAUGAACAUAUUGGUGAUCUGCCACAAGCACUGUUAAGUAUGGAUCCCAAUUUAUUUUGGAACAGUUACGCCCAGGCGACGCCUGUUGACUACAAGAAACAUCUAAAUAAGAAGUCGCCAGAUGGUAUGGAAGAAUUAGUUUAUAAGGUGGCUUUAAAUCAGGUUCCAACCGAGCCGCAGAUACGACUGUUGUUUAAAAGCCGCAAAGAUUUACGAGUCGUACACUGGGGGGCAUACCCCGAUUUCUCACCAGAUAUGGAGCUGCCAUCAUUCUUGCUUUAUGAUCGUUUGUACUAUGUCAAUGCUAUCGAGAGUGCUGCAUCCGCCAUGGAAAUGAAUGCCAUAGGUGGGCGUAAUAUUGCAUUGUUAGCGUAUAAUCAUUGGCAUGGCUAUUUAGACAAAAUAGAUGAGCUUCAUGAUGAAGAUACAACUUCCAGUAGUAAGAAUGAAGAAUUGUAACGUCUGUAUGCAUAAUUAGCAAUAAUAAUAUGUGUCUUAGAAAUAUACCUGGGUGGCAUGUGUGUUGGGUGAAUGGGUUUUUUUGUAUUGUGUUCUGCAAGUUAUGUUGUUUCAAAUCACUGAAGACCUGGGCCCUGUUCCACGAAGCGAUCUUAGCCCUAAGAUCACCUUAAAUGUAUAGCUACCGUAGGCACUUAAUGUGAUCUUAGUGCUAAGCUCACUUAAUGGAACGGAGCCCAGGCCUUCAAAAUGAAAUAUCAACUUCAGUAUUUUAUUACUUCAAUUGUAUACAUUUACUUUGCACUGAUAGUGAUAAAAUGAAAAACUUUGGUGUAUUAAGAGCCAAAAUGUACAAUGAUGGAUCCUUUUUUUUUUUUUGACUUGCCUCAUCCUAUACUGUCUUGUUUAAUGCAUUCAGAUUAAGGGGAAAUGCAACUAUCGCAUACAGCGCUACUAUAUAUUGAGCAGCGAUAGACUUGUUAACUAGCAGAUUGACAGUGGCGUGACGACACUAAGUUUAGCUCUAGUACUGAAACACAGUGAUGUAAAAAAAAUUACCGUCUUGUCUAUGUAGGCAGGCCAUAGGAUUUCAAAAUUCAUUGGAAACACUUUUUCGGUUCUAUGCCUUGUGAUCAUGGAUACCCAUCAGAAACUGUUUUUA